AUGUACGUAUAUCAGCCGCUCCCUAAACCCAGCCCGUCCUUCCCUUCCCCCAUCCCCAUUAUUCCCCGUCUUCUCCCCCGCAAACGCGCGCCGGCGCUUCGUCUGCGCUCCGGGGCUCCAGCGGAAGGCCCUCCGACGAGCGAGAGCGGGGGACGACUGGUGCCGCGGGCUGUCGGACGGCCUUCACGGGGAUGCGCUCACUGUUCCGCCGCACAGGUACGCGCGCAGCUGACCACAGCUGCGCCUGUCGUUGUGUGGGCGGACGAGCAGGCAGGGGCGGAGUUGAACGCGCUCUUGGCGUUCAAGGCGUCAGUGGUGGAUUUUCAGAACGUGCUGCGCUCGUGGGUCGUGCCUCGCCACGCCGCCAACUCCUCUCUCUCCCCAGACACCUUCUUCUGCCGCUGGCGCUUUGUUACCUGCUCCUCCCCUCCCCCAACCAAAGCCGCAGCAGCGGGAGCAGCAGUUUCUCGGAGAGUGAUUGCAUUGCAGAUUCCGGAACCAGGAGUUAAUUCCUCUCCAGGCGCCGCCACAGAGGAUCUCGGAAAUCUCACCAUCAAAAACAGCGCUGACUUCCCAGGCAUUGCUGGCCUGGUUGGGGCCUUCCCAACACAGCUCUCUGCCUGCUCGUCUCUCGCCAAACUAGACCUCGCAUAUCACCGCAUGAUUGGAAGCAUACCCGACAGCAUAUCGCAGUUGACUGCUCUCACGGAACUGACGCUUAGAUUCAGUCUCAUCACUGGAACUCUCCCCACUGGUCUCUUUUCCCUCCCCAAGCUUGAGUCGCUGAAGCUUCCCUCCAAUGCCAUUUUCGGGGAGAUUCCGCCGCAGAUUUCUCGGCUAAGCAAGACACUUAUGAACCUGGACCUGAACAAGAACCAUCUCUCGGGCAGCCUGCCGGCGGAGAUCGGGCAGCUGAAAAAACUCGGCGUCAAACCGGACUUCGCAGGGUUAGCGCUCCAAUGCAACAACUUCUCAGGAUCCCUUCCUGCUUCCAUCUCCAACCUCCAGUCUCUUCAAAACCUCGACCUCAGCUUCAACCAAUUCUCAGGCUCCCUCCCCCAGGGAGGCGCUUUCCUCUCAACUCUCUCCAAACUUGCCAACCUUCAGAUCACCAGCAAUCACUUCUCCGGCUCUCUGCCGCUCUCCUUCGCAUGCACCACCAGCAUCCUCACCAUCUCGCUGGGAACCAACCAGUUUUCAGGCACGCUGCCAGGGAGUCUGGACAACUGCGCCAUGAUGCUUAUAACGUUGGACGUUUCUAGCAACAACCUUACGGGACCCCUGCCGCCCAGCCUCUGGAAGUCCCUUUCCAUGGCUUACAUGCUGGGGAUGUUAAUACUGAGCAAUAACAGCUUUACGGGCAGCCUGUCGCCCGACUUUGCAAACAUUGCAUCGCUCGGGCAGUUUGAUGCCAGCAACAACAAACUUUCCGGUCUGCUGCCCGAUCUGAAAUCUUGUCUGGUUGCCACGAUGCUGCAGAGCGUAUACCUGGCGAAUAAUUCCUUCACGGGCAGCAUUCCAACCGGUUUCAUCUGCAAGAAGAUGCAAUUCUUGGACCUGACAAACAAUUCUCUUUCGGGUGAUCUGCCCGACGUCCUGGUGGGGUUAAACAGCGGGCAGGCAAAAACAGGCCCAGCAGCAGCAGCAGCAGUUCUCAAGUCAUCUCCGCAUUUUGCUCAAUUAAACCUAAGCCACAACAGUUUCACGGGACCCAUCCCUCUGGGCGGCAACUGCAAGAAUCUAACUCAGCUUUUCCUAGACCACAACAAUUUCUCCGGCCCCGCUGCUCCUGAAGCCCUAGCCACGUGCCGCAACAUCAAUUUCUACGAUGCUUCCAACAACCAGCUCUCAGGCACAGCAGCUGACGUGGUUGAAAAGCUGAGCAAGUCGCUCGGUGUGGUGUCGAUUCGGCUCGGCGGUAACCGCAUCGAGGGCGAAAUCCCGGAUAAGGUUUACGCUCUGAGUUCUAUCAGAGAGCUGAACCUGUCGGGGAAUGUGCUCGCGGGUUCGAUUCCCAGCACCGUCGCUUUGCUGAACCGGCUGCAGGUUCUGGACGUGAGCGGAAACGGGCUGUCCUCGUCCCUCCCCUCCUCGCUCGGCUCCUUGUCCUACCUCUCGCUCCUAGACGUCAGCAGCAACGGCCUCUCAGGGCCCAUCCCACCCGAACUCGCCCCGCCCUUCCUGCCCUUCCUCACUCUCCUCAACGUCUCCCACAACACCUUCUCCGGCUCGAUCCCCUUUGGCUUCUCCAAUACCAACACCACCAUCACUACCCUAGACUUCUCCCACAACAACCUCUCCGGUCAGAUCUACCCGGGCAACCUCUCGCUUCUCCCCGCCUCCGCCUUCGCCGGCAACCCCGGCCUGUGCGGGGGAGCCGGCUACCCCAACUGCCCGGCCCCGCCGGGGCAGGCGCUGUCGACAGGAGCGGUGGUGGGGAUCGUGGUGGGGUGUGUGGCGGCGCUGGCUCUGGCGGUGGGCGGUGUGUGGUACGCGCUGUUCUACCAGCGCAAGACGGGGCUGGAGGGCGGCACCAUGCUCGUCUUUGAGCGCCUCGACUUCAAACUCAACAUCCGCUCCAUUCUUGAUGCUACUGACAUGUUCAGUAACAAAUACCUCCUCGGCCGGGGCGGCUUCGGCUCCGUCUACAAGGCAACACUGGAGGACGGGCGGGAGGUGGCGAUAAAGCGACUGGCUCUGGGCUCGUCGCAGGGGCAGCGGGAGUUUGAGGCGGAGAUGCACACGCUGGGAGCCGUGCGCCACCGCAAUCUCGUCGUGCUCGUCGCAGCAUACCUCUCCCGCCCGCCCUCCCAGGAGCGCCUGCUCAUCUACGACUUCCUCCCGGGCGGCUCUCUCGACCAUGUGCUCGACCGCGACAUGCCCAAGGGCUCUCCCAUGCGGCGCUGGGCGGUGCGGCGGAAUAUUCUUGCGGGCACGGCGCGCGGCAUGAAGUACCUGCACCACAACUGCAUCCCGGGGAUCAUUCACCGCGACAUGAAACCCGCUAAUGUGCUCCUGGAUGACAAUUUUGAGCCCAAAGUCGCUGAUUUCGGGCUCGCGAGGGAGAUGGAUGCGACCAAGUCGCACAUGAGCACGGCUGUUUUUGGAACGAUUGGGUAUUUGGCUCCCGAGUAUUAUCAGCGCGGUCGGCUUUCGUUCAAGAGCGAUGUGUUUGCGUUCGGAGUGCUGGUUCUGCAGGUGAUUACGGGUAAGCUCCCCACGGAUGAGGAGUUUGCGGAGAGAGGCCUGGCGAGGUGGGUGGGAGCGAAUUCGAUCGCGAACAUUGUGGACCGUCGGAUCGACGAUCGGGACGAGUAUAUGGAUGAGAUGAAGGGCGUGGUGACGCUGGGGUUGAGGUGCACGUCUAGAGUAGCAGCGGACCGGCCCUCCAUGGCUGAGGCUCUAGAGUUGCUAGAAGAGCUGAGCACGUUUGCAGAGGGUAUAGGUGGGGGAAAGAAGGAGGAAGCAGCGGGUGGGGAUGGGGACGGGAAGCAGCAGGAGUAG